CAAUCCCAACACAUCGUCACCGUCGUCAGCGUUGUUGUGCACCGUGCAGUUCAGUUGUGCCAAUUGUUAGUGGAAUUAAAAUUUAAUUAAAUAUUUUUCUCUGUACCCUCCUUGACAAACGCGCGCUGUGACUAACCGGCAGCAGACCAAAGUCCCGAUAUUUCACACGACAGUAAAAAAACAACCCAUCUGACAUCUUCACCGGAGCGGCUACGGCGGUGAGAGCGGUUCUACGGUUGACAGCGAUAGCAAAACACCACCACCAUCACACAGUCGUUUUCGACAUUGCUGUUGGUGCUGUUGUUGUCGUUUCUGUGGCCUGCUUUGUGACCGUGCGACCGUCAGUUGUGCUCGCCUUUACAACGGAUCGUCGUCCUACUCAGUGCUUACUACGAGCGUUUUGCGUACCCAGGGAAGAAAAGUGCAGCCAAGAUUCUUGUGAAGCGAAUCAAAUCGUUCCUCUUACAGUACGCGCUCAUACCCUUAACAGCAACCAUGUUCGCCCUUUGGUACUUUUCGCUCGCGAUGGACGAGCUGAGAAAGCGCAUUCCAUUGUUGGAUAGAAUUUUUGCGUUUUUCACCGGUAAACAUCGAACCGUACAAGCGCUGCCGGAAUCGACACCCACUGACGACACGAAACCCUCGAAGGCUCCCGCCGAACCAGUGGCGGUCAAGCCUGCCCCGGUAGUGGAACCGGCCAAGCCUACCACCACCCCUGAACAGAAGCCCGUCCAGCCUGUCCGGCCACCACCGGUAGUGGAGCCCGUCGUCAAGCCGACCGUUCCGAAACCGGAACCACCGAAAGUUCCCGUAACACCGGCACCAGAAACUCCCUCCACGCCGGUGUCAGUGAACAAACCGGCACCGGUUCCGGUUGUACCCGCCCCUGCUGUCGUGAAACCUGCACCCGUCGAACCAGCGAAAGUGCCGGAACCCGCCAAGCCCGCCCCAACCCUUCCCAGCAAACCAGCUCCACCGGCCGAGGAAGCUCCCAAACCGAAGGAUCUUCCCAAACCGGAACCAGCGCCCAAAGAACCUCCCACCUCCGUUCCAACACCAGCGCCCGCUCCAGCACCGGCACCAGCACCCGCCCCAGCACCCGCUCCGGCAAAGCUCGUGAAGGAAAAGAAGGAACUGCCGGCACCGACACCGAAGCCAGCCCCAUUAGCGAGCGAACCGGCCCUGCCGAGCAACAACGAGGACAGCUUCAUCAUCGUCGAGCAGCAGAAACCGGCCAUCAAGCCGGGCCAGAAGCCGAAGGUGGACGUGAAAAGUUCCACCAUGGACUUUCUGCAGGGCGAGGCGGGCGGACGCAGUGCUGGGCCGGCGACCGGUGCCCCAACGUCGACCGUUUCUGCCGACAGGUAACCACCGCAACCGCUAGCGAAUGUCGGCUGAUUGUGGCCGAUGGCUUUAGUCGACCCAUACAGUGCCUGGGGAAGGGGGGCGCGAUUGGGUGACUUUAAGAGAUGCUUGGGAAACGAUGGAAGAAGGGUGGGGGUGGGGGGGAGAUCAUGCUUGCGUUCAGGCGCAAAAUGCUGAUGAGCUGCUAAAUUAUUUCACCUGUUCGUGUGUCGGAUGGUUUUUGGCCCGCGUUCGGUUCGUUCAUCUCGUUUAGAUCAACCUGGGAAAGAGAAAAAGUAUGUGAAAGAGAGGGGAUGUGAAAUAUAAUGCCUGUGGCAAUUGGACUGCUUUA